GGCCUCCGGGCUCCUGUCGGAAGCUGGUCGCCAGCGCCGCGGUUCUUCGCAGACGCAGCCGGUUUUGGGGUUCGGGCUGCGCGGCGGCCACGGGGUGUUCCGAGGAGCUCGCGAACACGUCUGCGGGCCACAAUGUCGCACCCGUCCCCCCAGGCUAAGCCGUCCAACCCCAGUAACCCCCGAGUCUUCUUGGACGUGGACGUUGGAGGGGAGCGAGUUGGUCGAAUUGUCUUGGAAUUGUUUGCAGAUAUUGUACCCAAAACUGCAGAAAAUUUUCGUGCAUUGUGUACAGGAGAAAAAGGCAUCGGACCCACCACUGGGAAACCUCUGCAUUUCAAAGGAUGUCCUUUCCAUCGAAUUAUUAAGAAAUUUAUGAUUCAGGGUGGAGACUUCUCAAAUCAGAAUGGGACAGGUGGAGAAAGUAUUUAUGGUGAAAAAUUUGAAGAUGAAAAUUUCCAUUAUAAGCAUGAUAAGGAGGGAUUACUGAGCAUGGCAAAUGCAGGCCGCAACACAAACGGCUCUCAGUUCUUCAUCACGAUGGUUCCGACUCCUCACUUGGAUGGCAAACACGUGGUGUUUGGCCAAGUGAUUAAAGGAAUGGGUGUGGCAAGGAUUCUGGAGAAUGUGGAGGUGAAAGGUGAAAAACCUGCCAAAUUGUGUGUUACUGCAGACUGCGGAGAACUGAAGGGCGGGGAUGACUGGGGAAUAUUCCCCAAGGAUGGAUCUGGUGACAGUCAUCCAGACUUCCCCGAGGAUGCAGACAUAGAUGUAAAAGACGUAGAUAAAAUUUUAUUAAUAACGGAAGACUUAAAAAACAUUGGAAAUACUUUUUUCAAAUCCCAGAACUGGGAGAUGGCCAUUAAAAAAUACACAAAAGUUUUAAGGUAUGUGGAAGGCUCGAAGGCUGCUACUGAGAACGCAGGCAGAGCAAAGCUGCAGCCUGUCACUUUGAGCUGCCUGCUGAAUAUCGGAGCCUGCAAACUGAAGCUGUCCGAUUGGCAGGGAGCAGUCGACAGCUGUUUGGAGGCCCUUGAAAUAGAUCCGGCAAAUACCAAAGCACUGUACCGUAGAGCCCAAGGAUGGCAAGGACUAAAAGAAUACGACCAAGCAUUGGCUGAUCUUAAGAAAGCUCAGGAGAUAGCACCAGAGGAUAAAGCUAUCCAGGCAGAAUUGCUGAAAGUCAAGCAAAAGAUAAAGGCACAGAAAGAUAAAGAGAAGGCAGCUUAUGCAAAAAUGUUUGCUUAAUAAGGAAUUCAGUUUUGCUUAAGUAUGCAUUGAAGUGAGACAGUUAAAGGAUCUUGUCUAUUAUGUAUGAUCCCUAAUGUGUUCCCUCUGACAAUUCAGUUCCCCUUGUUUGCAGUCUAGGAAUACAGGUAGGGAUUCACUCUUAAUAGACCAGUGUUACAAAAUAUGCUGAAGUUGGACUCAUUUUAAAUGGCUCUCUGCAUUACAAAGGAUAAUAGUGUCCAGUGUAUUUUAAACUUCUAGACACAUCUUGUUUGAAUAAACAGAUCAAAAGUUAA